AUGAUUGAUAUUAACAAUUUACAAUCUACAGAAGUGCAUGAAAAAAUUACUAAACUUGAAUUACCAGAAAUAGGACCCUACAAAGCAGUUGCAUUAAUUCAUCUUGAUAAAUAUCAGGAAGCCCUUAAAUAUUGUAUUAAAGGAUCAUACGAAUCUGCAUAUAUUUAUUAUAAACUUAAAAAAUUUUGUAAGGCACUUAAAAUUGUUAAUAAAAAUUCAGGAGAAAAAUGGGAUGUGCUAAAAUCUCAGAUAUUGUACAGAAUGGGAUUUUUUAACAGCGCAUUUAAUUGUCUUAGUAAAUUGCCAAGAGAUGAUGAUAUUUUUGUAAACUUACAAGCUAUUAAGUCAAUGGGAAUAUUAACCAAUAGUGUUAACAAUUAUGUAUUUCAUAAGUUGUAUAUUAAAAAGAAAGAAGAAAUAAAUUAUGAUAAUCUUGAAAAUUAUAAAUUUAAAAACCAGAGCAGUUAUCAAGAAUACUUGUAUAAUAAAACAUUUGAAGUGUUAGAUAAAAAAGAACAAUUUAUUAAUGAUUUAAAAAAGUUAUUAGAACAAUUUCCCAAUAAUUUAGUUAUUAAAAACCAGCUUUUAAAUGUUGAAGGGAAUUUUGAUGAAAUUAUACAAGCAGAUUUAAAUAAAACACAAAGGAGUAUAUUAAAUUACAAUAUGCAUACAUCAGAAGAUAUUGAUAAUAAUUUGCAUUUCUUAGCCAAUUUUAGAGAAAAAAUGGGAGAUAGUCAAUACAAGUGGAUUAAAUAUGCCGGAGAAAAUAAUUUUAAAAUAAAUUGGAACAAAAUACCAAAAUCGACAGAUGCACUAAAUAUUCUUAGAAUUUUGGUGGGACUUAUUAAUAAAAAUAUGAAUCUUAAAAAUAUUAAAAAGCAUAUGAAUAUAAUUAAAGAUUCAAAUAUUAAGGGACAUAUUGAGAAUUACACUGAUUUUAUUGAGAAUGAUAAAAAAUAA